AUGGGCCGCCGAGCCCGGGCGGCGGCUGCGCAGUCCCGCUGGGGGAGGGCGUCGGGGGCAUCGGUCGGGGCGCUGCGGCCUCGCCCGGGCGGACGGUCGGCGCUGCGCCCGCAGGCGGUCGUCAGCCGGCGGCGGUGCCUGCCGAGGCCUCAGGGACUGGGCGCUGCAGGGACGGAGGCGGGAGGGCUACGGGGAACCAGCCACUGGCGGCCCGAGCGCCGGCCCCGAACCCCGGCUCCGCGCCGCACCGCCUUCCCGCGGCGGCCGCCCCAGUCUCGCAGCGCCCCCCAACGGCUCGGAGAGAAACCCCGGAGCUCCUGGCCCGCGCUCAGUGGCGUCUUCCGGAGCCGGCGCUGCGCGCCCUGCCGGGCGGGCGCCGCGCCCCGACGGCUGCACGGCUUUCGUCGCCUGCCUCUAGCCCGGACCCACGACCAGUGGCGCGGGCCCUCCCGUAGACUGGCGUCGCGCUGGAUGGCCGCAGGCCGCUCCCUGUCAGUCCCGGGUCAGACACUGAGUCAGGCCGGCAGUGGGGCGGGGAGGCAGGAGGUGGUCCUCCAGCCCGUGGAAACGUCCUGUGUGAACGUGGAGCCCGAAAGCGUUCCUGUAACCCCCGGUAGGGACAGGGAUGGAACGGAAGCCAGCACAGCCUGGCAGCCAACCAGCGCCCUCUCUCCCUCAGCACCUGCCGAGGCUGCACCAGUGGCCUCUGCAGAAACACAGGAGACUGGAGCAGCCCCGGCCCAGGAGAACCCGGUGGACAUGGGGGCCGAGGAGACAGGGGCCCCUGCCCCAGCGAGCCAGAGGUCCUGGCUGGUGCGGCAGGUCUCACUGUUACUGCGGCGGGACCGGCAGGCCCAGAAGGCCGGGCAGCUCUUCUCCGGGCUCCUGGCCCUCAACGUGGUGUUCCUGGGCGGGGCCUUCAUCUGCAGCUCCAUCUCCAACAGCGUGGCCCUCACGCUGGGCGACGUGUGGGUCCUGCUGGCCGUGCUGAAGGCCCUCUCCCUCCUCUGGCUCCUCUACUACGCGGCAGGCACCACCCGCCGGCCGCACGCCGUGCUCUACCGGGACCCUCACGCGGGGUCCAUCUGGGUGCGGGGGUCCCUGCUGCUCUUCGGCAGCUGCGCCGGCUGCCUCAGCGUCUUCCACGUGGGCUACGAGGUGAGCCACCUGUACUGCAAGCCGUGGCUGGAGCUCAUCUUCCCCGCCAUCGAGAUCGUCUUCAUCGGCAUCCAGACCUGGGUGCUCUGGAAACACUGCAAGGACUGUGUUCAGGCCCAGGGCAACUUCACUAGGUGUGGCCUGAUGCUGACCCUGGCCACAAACCUGCUGAUGUGGGUCUUGGCGGUCACCAACGACUCCAUGCACCGCAAGAUCGAGGCGGAGCUCAAUGGCCUCAUGGACAACUUAUCAGGCAAUGACAGCAACACCUGCCUGUGCCUCAACAGCACGGCGUGCCAGGUCUUCCAGAAGGGCUACCUGAUGCUCUACCCCUUCAACACCGAGUACUGCCUCAUCUGCUGCGCUGUGCUGUUUGUCAUGUGGAAGAACGUGGGCCGCCGCCUGGCACCCCACGCGAGCGCCCGCCCCGGCACCCCGCCCUUCCACCUGCGGGGAGCCCUCUCGGGGCUGCUGCUGGGCCUGCUGGCCCUGGUGGCAGGCGUGGUUGUGUUCAUGAUCUUCCAGGUUGAAGCCAACGGCCCCGCCAUCGCUCGCCAAUAUUUCAUCCUCUACUACGCCUUCUACGUAGCCCUGCUAUCCGCCAUGAGCCUGGCGUGCCUGGCGGGCACGGCCAUCCACGGGCUGGAGGAGCGAGAGCUGGACACGGUCAAGAACCCCACCCGCAGCCUGGACGUGGUGCUGCUCAUGGGGGCGGCGCUGGGCCAGAUGGGCAUCGCCUACUUCUCCAUCGUGGCCAUCGUGGCCACGCGCCCCCACGAGCUGCUCAACCGCCUGGUCCUGGCCUACUCGCUGCUGCUCAUCCUGCAGCACAUGGCCCAGAACCUCUUCAUCAUCGAGGGCCUGCACCGGCGCCCGCUGUGGGAGGCCGCUGCGGAGGCGGAGACACCCCGCGGGGGGCGGAGCCACUCCCGGCCAGAGCUGGGCCCUGGGCUGCCGCCGGCCUCGCCCCGGGCCUCUGUCCACUCCAACGGCCACCUCAACUGGAGGCGGCGGGCGCUCAGGGAGCUCUCCCUCUUCCUCAUCCUCUGCAACAUCACGCUGUGGAUGAUGCCCGCGUUUGGCAUACACCCCGAGUCUGAGAACGGCCUGGAGAAGGAGUUCUACGGCUACCGGACGUGGUUCACCAUCGUCAACUUCGGCCUGCCCCUGGGGGUCUUCUACCGCAUGCACUCUGUCGGGGGGCUCGUGGAGGUUUACUUGGGGGCCUGACGCUGCCCAAGGACCUCACCCCUGGCAGAACCCCAACGUGUCAAGGCUGGGAAAAUGUAGUCCAGGGGCCCUGAGCAGAUGCCCCGUCCCAGGAGGCCUUAGGGAAGCCUGGGUAUCCCAAAGCCUCCCCUUCCCCAGAGCCUCACUACAGGGGCAGAGAGCGGGUCACUGUUCACAGCCCAAGGCCAAGGGCAGAACCUGAAUACGGAGCCUCUGAUGCCCACACCGAGGACAGCGCCCGCUUGCCCCUGCUCACUGCAUCAGUGCAGCCCAGGGUGUGCCCAGGAAGCCCACACAGCGGCUCCAGGAGGAGCAGCCGAAAUGACUGAGUCUGGGGUGUAUGGAGAGGGGUCCCUACCCAGCCAGGCCUCUGGGGCUUGCCUCCUGCUGGGGGUAGGGUGCAGGGUCCAAGCUCAGCCCCAGGCAUCCCGGAAGCAGGCAGCUCUGCCCUCCUCUCCCCACACAACCUAAUAAGCUCAUUAAUUAGCUACCAGGCAGGGUUCAACAGCUCUCUCCCGCUGCCAU